AACAUGAAUAUUAAUAUCUCAAAACAACUCUACUCAUUUAAAGAGUCAAUAAACUGUACAUCUUGGCAGGCCCUCUCAUGAAGAUCCAAUGGAUAUUACCAUUAACCUUAAUGAGAACAAAGUAUGCCAAUACAUAAGUAUGUGCUUGAAAAUGUGAAUUUACAGAAAUAUUAUUCUAUAUCAGGAGAUGCUACCAAAUGGACAAAUUCUAUAUUUUGUUUUAUGGAAAUGAUACUCAAUACCUUUACCUGUUGCAAUGCACUGCGCUGGUGUAUUGCAAUGAAGAAGAUGGGGAGAGCAACACAUUUAUAAAUCACAAAGUAGCAUGAGUCCUAUAUCAUGGUCUAUUUAUACUAUACUGUUUGGGGUUAUCAUUUUGUAAAGAGUAAAUAUAUACAGAAACAUAUUUCUAGCUCUAAUUAUAUUUUUACUUACAUUAUAAGCUCUUGCCUCAAUGCUCAUGUUUUUCAUGCCUUGCAAAAGUAUUUAAAGUGUAAAGCCAUCAAAAUGUUUGCUCUAUAUUCAACUAAUUCAGGUUUGAGCUGAAAAAAUGAAUAUCAGACAAAAAUACAGAAUGUCAUGAUUUAAUUGUGGGUAUUUCUGAGCAUAUAUGUUUAAACAUUUGAGAAUAACACCAUGUGUUGUGUUGUGUUCCCCCAUUUCUGGUGAGGAUAUGUUCUGGGACAAAUUACCCUAAAGUAAAUUAAAGUAGUAUAAAACAACAUGUGUUUGCAAAUCCCUUGCACACAUCAACUGCAUCAAGCCUGUAACCCAUUGGAAUUGGUUUGUUCUUCUGAGAUGUUUUUCCAAGCCUUUGCUGUAGCCAUUUUUAGUUGCUAUUUGUUCUUGGGGGUUUGUGACUUCAGUUUGCUUUUAAACAAGUGAAAUACAGGCUCAACUGGAUUUAAACUAGGAGACUGGUGUGGGCAGUUUUUCCUAUGGUUGGCUCUGUGGUUGCAUUGGCAGUGUAUUUUGGGUCAUUGUCUUGAAGCCGACCAACGAAUCUAGAGAUAUUUUCUUGUACACAGGCAGACAAGAUGUUUUUAUACACUCCUGAAAGCCAUUCUUUUGCUACAUUCAUUAGUUACAUCAUCAAUAAAGACGAGUUUGCCAGUUCCAGAGGCAGCCAUGAAGAUGAAGUGGUGUUGUAUACUUUGGAUCAUCUGCAGUUUGUUCCUUUCUCCACACUUUCUCCUUGCCAUCACUUUCCUAGAGGGUUAUCUAUCCUCUGCCCAUAACACCUUGUUCCUGAGCUUGAUUAUACUGUACAGCAAAGAUAACAUUUUUUACUUUACUGUCCCAAUACUUACAGUAUGUAGUGCACUGCACCUACAUGAGUAAAACCAACAUAUGGAAUAAAAAAAGAUUUCAGUUAAUGAGAAGAAAAGGAAGUUAAUGCCUCUGAUAUCUGUCAAGCUGUUUAGUGGAUAUUUUUUUCAAAUGCGAAAAAGCAUCCUUAAGCCACUGUUAACAUACAGCUGAUGAGCAACAUCAUUUCAGUUAGUAAUUAUUGCACUAAUUAGGUGUUUGUACUGCCUUCUGGUGGAAAGCAUAAUUUAUCUGGUACCAUGUUGCUAAUUAGAGUUUAUAUUUAAUUGCGAUCAGCGAUAAACAUUCUUGUACGUGGGCAUGCAAAAAAUCCAGCAAGGUUUUUAUUCUCACUCAUUAACAAUAACGUGCAUCGCUUUUUAAUUUUUAGCACUGGAAAAAAAGAGGAAGGAGACUGGAAGUCAGUCAGUUUGGACCACGUGAUGCAGAAAUGCAUCCCUUUCCCCAUCGCAACAUUGUGCAAAGCCAUUGCGGGUGUCAAAUCUGUCACAUUUGGCGUGGCUGUUUAGUAUGCAUGAGAGCCAGCACACAAGCUUUUCUGUAUCACAGCUUUUAACGGGUGGUCUUCUCAUCAGAGUAUAUUCUAAUCUAGGUCACUUGCAGUCUUCCUACCAUAAAUCCAUCUGUCUGCAUGAAUGAUCCAGUAAGCAUGCUACCAUGGUUAGAGAAAUUCGCUGCCAUGCUUGGAACAUCAUUAAAGUCUUCUGGGGCAUCUGCUCCUUAUUUGGGAACAGCACGCUGCUGUAUGUUUCAUACAAAAAAAAACAUUUAUUGAAGCCAGCCGAAUUUUUCAUUAUCAACCUCGCCAUCAGUGACCUGGGAAUGACUGUGACUUUAUAUCCUCUAGCAAUAACAUCCAGCAUAUCUCACAGGUGGCUAUAUGGAAAAACAAUGUGCUUAAUCUACGCAUUCUGUGGGGUGUUAUUUGGAAUAUGCAGUCUUUCAACAUUAACCCUACUUAGCAUUGUGUGUUGCAUGAAAGUCUGUUAUCCGCUGUAUGGAAACAGGUUUACUCUCGACCACGGGCGUUUGCUGAUCGCCUGCGCCUGGGCAUACGCGCUGCUGUUCGCGUGUUCGCCUUUGGCGCACUGGGGGGAGUACGGCCCUGAGCCUUACGGCACCGCCUGCUGCAUCGACUGGAAGUCCUCCAACACGGACCCGGUGGCAAAAUCCUACACCGUAGUCCUGUUCGUGUUUUGCUUCAUUCUGCCCUGCGGCAUAAUCAUUGCCUCUUACUCGCAAAUCCUGAUCACGGUAAAAGAAUCCAGAAAAGCAGUGGAGCAGCAUGUGUCCACCCCAACAAGAAUGGGCAACAUCCAGACUAUCAUUGUUAAGCUGAGUGUUGCAGUGUGCAUCGGCUUCUUCACCGCAUGGAGUCCUUAUGCGCUGGUGUCUAUGUGGGCUGCCUUUGGCUCCAUAGAAAAUAUUCCUCCACUAGCCUUUGCUAUCCCAGCUGUGUUUGCUAAAUCCUCCACCCUCUAUAAUCCCAUCAUCUAUCUUCUGCUGAAACCCAACUUCAGGAACUUCGUGUGCAAAGACUGUGGAAUUCUACAGCACAUUAGUUCGGGAAAUUGUUUGUGUAUCAGGAGCUUGCAAAAAUGUCACUACAGGUCAGUCAUUGAGAUCAGUUUAAAGUCCUUGAAAAGGAGAACUGGAUCCAGUGCCCCCUCUGCUCAGCUGGGCCAAGAAUGUUCUAAAUGUACGUGUGAAAAAUGCGACAACACUUUUGAAUGUUUUAAAAACUACCCCAAAAGCUGCCAGGUGAGUGUCAACACUGUGCAAUUUAGCCUUCAGGAAAGCACUUCCCCAGAGCCUAAACAGCAACCAAAAAUGCGACAAACCUCCAAGAAAUCUGUCCGAGUUAUUGUCAGAGGUAAAAAGAGUUCAGAAAUUGACAGCUUGGAGAUAACUUUGGAGACAGUGCCAGCACACUCAAAAGCUGCUACCCCAUAGUAUUUUGUGCAUGUAUUUUCAGAGUGCUUUUAUUUUUUAUUUACAGAUUUAUUUUUACCUUGACCAGUGUAAAUA